AUGGGAUUCCUUGGAUUCUCCAAAUCCAAUCCAAGAAGUUAUUGGAUUGCUAGUGCAAUAGUUCUUGUUAUCAUUCUCAUAAUCAUCUUAAAGAAGUUGAUAGUUUAUCUAGAUUGUAAAGGCAAUAGCCAACUUUCGAAAACCAAACCUGAUGAAGAAAAUCAAGUUAGUGUUGAUUCAAAUGGUACUAUAAGAACUUAUGCACUAGAAGAAUUGAAAAUGGCAACCAAAGACUUCAAGAUUCGGAUUGGUGUUGGAGCUACUUCAUGUGUUUAUCUUGCUGAGUUUGGAGAUGGAAGAUUAGGCGCGGUGAAGCGUGUUAUGGAGGAAAGAGGUGGAGAAACAAAGAUGUUCUUGGAUGAAGUCUCUGUCUUGCUUAGGAUAUCACAUCCUAACUUGGUUGGUUUAAUGGGAUUUUGCUUGGAUAAAGGAGAACAAUUACUACUUUUGGAGUAUGUUCCUAACAAAAGCCUCUUUGAGAGGAUGCACACAUACCAUGGCCAAUCCUCUGGUACAUUAUCAUGGUCUAAUCGUCUAAACAUCGCGUUAGAUGUUGCUCGUGCUCUUGACUAUCUCCAUUCAGUAGCUGAUCCUCCUGUCAUACAUAGAGACGUUAAAUCAUCAAACAUUCUGUUAAUCAACGAUGAUCAUGCCAAGCUUGCAGAUUUCGGGCUAUGCAAAUUAGGCAAUGAUGUUAUAAGCGCCACUACACCUACUAAAGUAAAAGGUUCACUCGGUUAUGUUGACACAUAUUACCUUAACACGGGCCUCGUGUCACCAAAAAGUGAUGUUUAUAGCUUCGGAGUGUUACUUAUCGAGCUCAUUACUGGGCUCAAGUCAGUACAAGGCUCAAUGACGCUUGCUGAAUGGACUGAGGAAUGUAGGGAAAAAAAUGAGAAUGUUGAGGUGUUAAUUGGUAUGUUGGAUCCAAAACUCAAUGGUAAUGUUGAUAUAGAACAGCUAAGAGUUUUGGUUGAUGUGGCUAAUUCAUCUUUGCUUGAAAAUUGUGAAGCAAGACCAAACAUGACACAAAUUGUCUAUAAAAUUUCAUGUUGUGUGGAGCCUCAAUGUGUACAUGAAUUACCUGUGUAG